AUGAGAUUUAAAAGAGAAGAAGAGAGAAUUAAACAAAAGAAAAGGAAGAUACAGCAAGAUAGGAAACAGGAUAAGCAACAAGACAAGAAACAAGAUAAACAGCAAGAUAAGAAACAAGAUAAGAAGAUACAAUAUAAGAAGCAAAACAAGAAACAAGAUAAACAACAAAACAAGAAACAAGAUAAGAAACAAGACAAGAAACAAGAUAAGAAGAUACAAUAUAAGAAGCAAAACAAGAAACAAAAAAAUAAAACAAAAUAUUUAGAAUCUAAAGAGAUUAGUCUAUCGGAUAUAGAGGCAACAAUAAUAUCAUUGGGAAUCUAUGAAGAUACAGAUAGAUUCACAUAUGACGGUACAACACAAUUAGAAUUCAACUCAAUACCAACCUCUUCCGUUGUUAAUUUUCCUACAACCGAUUCUAACAUCUUCUACUAUAGUAAAGGUUUUCUUGCAAUUAUUUUUUUGAAUGCAUCAAAAACUGUCUAUUUUUAA